UAACGGCUCAAUAAUCCCGCUGCAGCCGCCAAAGUCAAGGCCUCCCUCCGCGGCUUCUUCGAUGAAUGCACCCUUGCGCAAGGCUCCCCCUCUCACGCCGAAUCAAAAAGUAGUCACAUUGGAAAGUACAAUACGCCCUCAGCCUUUUCACAUGGGCGGGGGUGAGAUAAUUACCUGGUCGUUGAGUUCUCCACGCCGCUCCGCCUGCUCCCCUCUAAGUCUGCCAGUCUCCACACCCCACACGUCAUGCCGACCUCGAACCUAAUCGGAUCCCCAGGGCAACGUGGAGUGGACUGAGUGGCGCACGGUAUCUCCUAUAUAUGAGUUUACAAUCCAAGCAAAGAAGGAUAUAUUUACGGUGAGAGUAGAAGCUUUGUUUAUCCUCCUGGGGGCUGCGCAAGCCAGCGGACAGCUCAGCAGCACUGGCCAAACAGCUGGGCUCACGCACGUACCCCUGACACUGAUCAUCAUUUUCCACUACACGAAGCGUUUUGUAAGGCUGCGUGCAUUCCUUCAUGUGUUGACAGCACGCAAUACAGCGUGCGUCCUGCUCUACCAUGCAUGAAGAGUACCUCAAGCGACUUCGACACAGGAUGUUCUGGAGCUUCUUCGCCGUUCAGGCUAUAUCCUGCAUGCUUCCAUUGUGGCUUUGCAUGCUUAUUUGUUUGCUUUGUUUUGUUUUCCUUGCCCCCGCUUUGACCUCCACCGCGUGGGCAUCGGGAGACGCAGUUCGGCCUAACUUUCGGCUUGAUGUGACUGUGUUUGCUAUGUUUCCAAGGCGUGUUGCUUCGGGGGGCGUUUUCCACUCACUACAGCGCGACAACAUCGGAGCGUCCUUAACUCUUGAGACCCUCAAGAACUCGACCCGCUCAUAGGGUACAGAUGGCCGCUUGCGAAGUUCAUUGAAUAUUUUCUGCAAUCCUAACGUGUCAUGAGACAUGGAUUCCAAUGACGCACUGUCAGUGUGAGGCACAUGAACCGUAUGGAUGAUUUGGAUCACGUGAUUGUUACCCCGGGCAACCACCAUCGAACCC